AUGUCUUGGGGAACUUUAGAACUUCUGAAAAUAUGCAUCAGAUGGAUCCACUCUGGUUCCCAGACCACGAAUCAAAAGCAAGUCCGGAUCAUCGCUUCCUUCAGUGUUGUAUCUAAUGGAUAUGCAGUCUAUCUGUACGCAACUCCCAAUCAGGAUGAUGCGAUCCCCAAGCUCUUAUUUGAGAUACGAAGGGUUCUUCUUCAACGAUAUACGGCAGAUGUAUCGAGCAUGCCGAUGGCAACUGGGUUCACCAUUAAAGAUGGUGAUGGGAAGGACGUGUGUCGCGAGUUUCAGCGAGAUCUGAUGAAUUGUGGGUUUCGGGGUGAGCAUAUCGUCAAGCACUAUGACGAGUUGAGAAACCAUUUGUACGAAUUGAGGCGAAGUUUCAAUGAUAAGAGCCUCGAUAUUACGAUUAUUCAAGUGAAUGCACCUUCCGGACAGUCACCUCGAUCAGGGGAAAUGCCGAAGCCACGCAAAGUCUCUGUUCAUAUAGAGCUGCAACAAGACGAGCCACGAAGGAACGGAGAUCAAAUGAAGCCGAAGAUCAAUCAGAAUACCGAGCAGCCAUUGCCUCCCAAACCGAAACGGUACUACGUGAACGGCGAGAUUGUCGAAAUGGGUGAUUCAACCCAAGAAUAUCACUCAGAGCCAGAUUCGCGAAGACAGCAUGAAAGACGGACACGUCAGCAACAGGUUCGACCUGAAUCGCCUUCAGGCUGGAGUUCAGCGUCGACAGUGGGCUCGAGACGGUCCAUGAAAGAACACCAGCGACCGUUUGUACACAACUACAAAGCACAAGUCUCCCCCGAGCAGUCCAACCCUGCUAUCCCCGGCCAGGUUCCUGGCAUGCCCGUUAAUACCGAUAAUCCAAUGUAUACCGGCUUCCAACCAAUACCAAACCCUUACUUAUCUUCCCAAAAUGGGUAUGGGUAUCCUCUACCACAAGCCUAUUACGCCCACGCAUAUCAGAAUCCCCCCAUGCCAUACUUCCAACCACCUCCUCCGCACCAGGGUUAUACAUAUGGAGCAUCAUUCACAUAUCCCUACCCACCAUAUCCAAACCAAUACCCAAACCAUGAGAACAACACAACCACACCCCAACCGACCAACCAACACUUUCCACACAAUUUCCCAUUCGACCCAAACAACACACAAGCGAACCAACACCAACCCUUCCUCCAACUAACAUGGGAAAAAGUCCCCCAAAAAGACCUCCACCCACUGAUCCACCUGCCAACCCUCCCAGAAGGCUGGGACUGGCGGCUCGACAAAAUCAACCGCCUCUUCUACGUGGACACCUACGCGCACGGGCAAGAAAAAAGAUGUUUCUGGAAACCGCCGAUAGAAGAACCCCAUGAAGAAGAAAGCCGCAACAUGCCCGGCUGGGAACGGACCUGUACGAUUUACGGCCGUGUUUUCUGGACGCACGUCCAAUCAAGGAUUGUGUCUUAUGAGUUUCCUGGGUCUUGUCGGCAGUUUAAGCAUAGCUCUGCUGGGGAAUUGCAUCUUGGUUCGAAUGGGUUGGAUGCUGAGUCGUUGCGGUGGAGGCAUUGGUCGAGUGUUGAUCUUGGGUUGUUCGUACUUGAUGAUUCUGAGGUUGCGUGUCGGAUUUCUAGGAAGGUCUGGCGGGAGGGUAUUUCUGAUGAAGCUGUUGGCGUUAGGGGAGAGUUGUGGUGGGGGAAUCCUAGCGUUUGGCAGCGGUGUUUGAGGUUGUCGACUUGGUGUCGCCCUGGUGUGGAGAGUGUUCUUUCUGAAGUUGAGGUGCCUUGGACUGGGGAUGAUGGUGUUGUGGAUGAGUUUAGGGACAUGCGUUUCGAAGAUAAGGAUGGGUUUGACUCUGGCAAUGCAACCUGCAAUUCGGUUAGAGGAUCAUCCUUGUAUAUGAGUUCGAAUUAUCAAAGGGCGUCGGUUGAGGAUAUAACCGAAGACGAGGCACACAAGCAACAUGCCUACUAG